AUGUCGUGUACACAUUGUGGAGAAAAUAGAAUAGAAUACGAUUCCGCUGCUGGACAUGCCUUUUGUCCAAAAUGUGGUUACGUCGUCGAAGAAAGUAAGAUUGUUGCUGAAGUCACAUUCGGUGAAAGCGCGUCAGGCGCUGCUAUCCUGCAAGGGGCAUACGUUGGUGCUGACCAAAGACGUGCUAGAACUGCCGGUCCUUACAGAAGACACUCUAGUUUAGAUUCGAGAGAACAGACUAUCGCUAAUGGAAGACGUCAAAUUCAAGCACUUGCAACUGCUCUACGUCUCUCAGAUCAUUUAAUGGAAGCUGCACAACGAUACUUUAAUCUCGCGAUAACCAAUAAUUUCAUUCAAGGUCGAAAGACUCAACAUGUCAUUGCAGCUUGUCUAUACAUUGUAUGUCGUACUGAAAAGACAUGCCAUAUGCUGAUUGAUUUUUCUGAUAUUUUGCAAGUUAAUGUCUUUACACUUGGUUCAACUUUUUUAAAAUUGGUUAACACACUUCAUCUUGUACUUCCGUUGAUCGAUCCAUCCAUAUAUAUUACAAGAUUUGCUUCUAUGUUGGAAUUUGGUGAAGAAACAGGCCGUGUUGCUAAUGAUGCUGCUAGGCUUUGUCAACGUAUGGAACGCGAUUGGAUGCAAACAGGUUUACUUAUUGCCGCUCGAAUGAAUAAUUUUCGGAGAAGUGUUAAAGAAGUAAUUGCUGUAGUAAAGACUGCUGAUAUCACAAUUAAAAGAAGAAUUGAAGAAUUCAGGGAAACUCCCACUGCAAAACUUACCGUUCGAGAUUUUAGAGUUGUUUGGUUAGAACAGGAAAGUGAUCCACCAUCUUUUACAAGAGCUCGUAAAGCUGAGAAAAACGCAAUUGACAGACGACAGCAAGCUUCAUCUACCGAACAUGAUGGUAAUGAUCAAAUACAAACAAAUUCAUCUCAGCAGAAUAAUAUGGAUGAUGAAGAAAUAGGAUCUGAUUUUGAUGAUGAUGAAAUAAGGAAUAUAGUUCUGUCUGAAGAAGAAGUUAAAAUAAAGACACAAGUAUGGAUGGACAUGAAUCACGAAUAUCUGAAAGAAGUUGAAGCAAAAAGGAAAAAACAAGAAAUAGAUCGUGCAAAUGGUAUUGGUGUUCGCAGACAUAAACGACCAAGAAAAGGUAAAAAUGAUGACCAGUCAGUUGCCAGUACUCCAGCUGAAGCGGCAAGAAGAUUAUUUGAAGAAAGAAAUCUUUCAAAGAAGAUCAAUUUUAAAAUUUUGGAUUCACUUUUUGAUAAUAUAGCAGGGGGGAGUAUACCAAAUACGCCUACUUCAUGGAGAGAUUAUGAUCCCGCUAGUGUUAGUGGCUCUGGAAUUGCACGUAGUGGUACCCCAGCUAGUUCUAGAUGGGAUGAUGAUGAGGAAUUUGGCGACUAUUAUGACAAUAGUUAUGACCAAAGUUAUGACCAGAAUUAUGAACAGAAUUAUGAACAGAAUUAUGAGCAGAAUUAUGAACACAAUUAUGAACAUAAUGAUUACUACAGUAAUGAUGAGUAUUAUGACGAAUAA